UAUAAAGUUAAUUAAAAUAUGACCUGUCCUCUGCACUGGAAACGCAAACUGCCCCACUGUGAACAAAACGUUCAUGAAAUGCCAUUAGGACACUAGACAUAAUUGUCCCUGAAUGCAAAUGUGUUACUACGUUUGUCUUUGUCCAUGUUGCUCUCUCUCUAUAUUUUCACCUGUGAUUCGUCGCUCAUCAUCUCUUCUUAUUACUCAAUCCACCCCACCGACGACUCGCCCAUUCAGAUCAGAAGAAGGGGCAGUUCGAGGAGACGUUAAGAGUAGCAGACUGUGUCAGAUCAGCCAAGAGGAAGCUCACAUGCUAAGAUAAGUCAACAGAAAUAUUUGAAUAAAGCUUUGAUUGUUGGUUUAUUUUCAGUGGACUGUAAUGCCAAAUAAUAUCAUCCACCUUAACAAGCUGCUUUACCAAACAGGAAAACUGGCCAUCUGUCGUGGGGCCCGUGACCACUUGGUCUUCUGAGGCCUGAGGCGGCGGCUUGAGGAAAGAGCCUAAUGCAGCGAUGCCUUGUUUUCACCAAGUGUUCGCCGCCCCUGGAAUCUACAUCGGAUCAAAAAUAGUCAACAGGUAACGUGAGAGUUGUAGUUUUUCAUAAAAUGCACAAGGAAAUGAAUGAUACAUGAUAACCCAAAGCAAAAAAAAAUAAUGAAGACAGAGAUGGAGCGAGCAAUAAAGUUUAGUUAGUUGAAGCAGAUUGUUGUUGAUAAUGUCCAUGGUUGAAUUAGGAUCAAUUAGGGGAGGGGCAGAUGUGCAGAAUCAUGGUUGACCCCAGGGCUUAAAAGAGACAAUCCAAUUUUCCUCAACAAAUGUAAUACCAUUAGAACGGAUAAAAACAGACAACUCACAAGGGAGGAGUGUCUUAAAAACCAGGGAAAGGGACGAGACAGAGAGAGACAGAGCAGUUGUUGAGAAGAAAGAGACAACACCCACCAGGGCUUAAGAACUCGAAGACCGGAAAGAUCAGUGAAACUCAAAUUUGACAGAAAACAGAAAAAGUGCCUGGAAGGAUAGAAAAGAAUAACCCACCUCACCUUACCACUACGAGGGAAAUACUCCGUCUACGGUGGCCUGGAAGGAGAGCGGAGCUGAAAAGACAAAACCAGCGGCGAAGACUUUUUUUUCUUCUUUUUACUGAAAGACAAAAAUUAAUCUGCGACUGAUAGAGGUCAUUUAGGCGAUGAGAAUCUGCAAUAAGCACCUCCGCCUUCAGGACGUCACCAUCAUGUACUUCACAGCCCUGGCUGCCCUGAUGGUCAUCUUGGUGGCUUCGUACCAGGCGCCCUCCAACGCUGUCCAGGUGUCCGGCCUUACAUCGAAGCCCUCCAGCCCUCUGCCACAGCUUCCCAUGCCCUUCCGCGUGCCCCUCGACCCACACGGGGAUCUCCAGCUGGCCUGGAACAUCAGCUACGCCGACCAGGAGGUCUACAUGGAGCUGAGGGUGGCGGACCUCAAGCACGGCGUGGUUCUGGGGAUGUCCGACCGCGGGGAGCUGACCAACGCCGACCUGGUGGUGCUCUGGGACUCUGGAAAGAAAAGCUUCUUCGGGGAUGCGUGGAGCGACAACGAGGGUCACGUUUCUUUGGACAGCCAACAGGACUACGAGUUGAUAGAAGCUGAACACAAAAGGGACGGAUUCCACCUGCUUUUCAAGAGACCGUUCAGUACCUGUGAUCCCAGGGACUACCUAAUAGAGGAGGGAACUGUGCACAUCAUUUAUGGAUUUCUGGACAAACCACUUGCCUCACUGGAUAAGCUGAACCUGUCCCGGAUCCAAACAGGGGUUCAGAGAGUGCUGAUGCUGCGCCCCGACACGCCGUCACCCACCCUGCCUCCAGAUGUGCAGACGCUCGACGUAGUGGCGCCAAACGUCGUCAUCCCGAAUCAAGAGACCACCUACUGGUGCUUCAUACAGGCGCUGCCUGAAAACAUGCCAAAGAACCACAUUGUUAUGUAUGAGUCAGUGAUAACUCCAGGUAACGAGGCCAUCGUGCAUCACAUGGAAGUGUUCGAAUGCUCUCCGGAUGUCCGAGACGUUCCACAGUACAGCGGCUCCUGUGAUGACAAGAUGAGGCCGGGCAAGCUCAACUUCUGCCGACAUGUGCUCGCCGCAUGGGCUAUGGGUGCUGAGGCUUUUUACUACCCUCCUGAUGCAGGGAUGCCUAUGGGUGGACCAGGUUCCUCCAGGUUCCUUCGUCUGGAGGUCCAUUACCACAACCCUCUCCUUAUUUCUGGCCGUCGGGACUCAUCGGGGAUACGGUUGCAUCACAGCUUGAGUCUGCGGCGGUACGAUGCAGGGAUCAUGGAGCUGGGCCUUGUUUACACUCCCAUCAUGGCUAUCCCACCCAAACAACACACCUUCUACCUCAAUGGAUAUUGCACCUCCAAGUGUACACAGACUGCUUUACCUCCAGGAGGAAUCCAUGUAUUUGCAUCCCAGCUGCACACCCACCUGGCGGGGCGCGGGGUGAGGACAGUGUUGGUGAGGGGGGGCAAAGAGCUGGAGGUGAUACAGGAGGACCAGCACUUCAGCACCCACUACCAGACCAUCAGAGUUCUUAAGAAAAUGGCAAAUAUUUUACCCGGUGAUGUUCUCAUAACAAAGUGUACUUACAACACAGAAGAUAGGAGCACGCCUACAGUGGGAGGUUUUGGCAUCAUGGAGGAAAUGUGUGUUAACUACAUUCACUACUACCCUCGAACUAAGCUGGAGCUCUGCAAGAGCCACGUUGAACCAGAAUACCUGCAGAAAUACUUUAGCUUCAUUAACAGGUUCCACGGAAACGACCAGUGCGUGUGUGGUGAGGUCGGCGUGACGGAGCAGUAUUCUCAGCUACAGUGGGAUGCGUUCACCGGAGAAGUGCUGGACUCCCUUUAUAACACAGCCCCCAUCUCCAUGCACUGCAACCAGUCCAGUGCACGUCUCUUUCCUGGAGAGUGGGACAAGCAGCCCGUACCGGUGGUCACAUCCAUCCUUGAAAAACCCCGCUACCCGUGUGAGAGGAGGAGGAGGGUCGCAUCCCACCAGCCGACCCCUUACACCCGGGUCCUGAGUGGACGAGGGGGGGCAUCGGGGCCCCAGAGGACCCCUCACCUGCUGAUGUUAAGGAAGCUCCAUGUCAGUUUGCAGAAUCGAGUGCUGUUGUAUCUUUCUUUGGGGUUAAAAUUUGUUGUGUUUUGGGGUUUCUGACAACCGCUGCAGUUUUAUGCUUGUAGCCUCCGUCUGUGAUUAUGAGUAAACAGAAAGGAAUGAUAAUUCUAUUUAUUCGUCUAGUUUCAAAGCAUUGGACAUGGACUUGAGAGCGGGGAUUGGCAUUCGACAAAUAAAAGUCAACUUUUACUGUG